GGACUGUGUGCACGCGUGCGUGCGCGCGGCGCUUGGGGAGCAGCAUGGGUAACUGAGGCCGGGAGGCAGGCCAGUCCUGCACCGACGUCUCGGGUUCGUUUGUGUGGGUGAAUCCCGUGUUCAGUGCCAGAAACUUGAUCGGGCCUCACGCUGGCACGUCUGAGACACCGCCGGAAGUGGGUCUGGGAGCGGUGUUGUGAGUGUGCGGACCUGGAGGGUUGGUCCCUGUGGUCACGGUCCCUCCUGCCCUCGUGUGCAGUCAGUCGCUGGGCGUCUGGAGGAGGCUGGAGGCAGAGCUGGCCGCCUCAGUCCCUGCCAACGAGACUUUGGGCUCCCUCUCUUGUGGAGGCCAGCACAGGGCAAGAGGGGAUUCUGGUAGGUUCUGGCAGCGAGCUGGAAGCUUGAAGGCUGCAGGUGGCUAACGGCUUCUGGAGACCAAGGUUCCCAGGUGGGACAGGGCAGGUAGACGGUCAGGGCGACACUUUGUCCGUCCGAGUGGGGGAGGUAGCCCCAGUGCAGUCAGGGUGAUUGGGAGCGGAAGAGGGCCUUCCUUACAGAGGAAACGGAGUCCCCGGGGGAUCAAGUGACUUGCUGACACAGAGACAGGCAGGACGACAGUUUCCUGGGCCCUUUUCGGGGAGGCUUUUCGGGUGGGCCUGAUGAGGGGGGCCCUUGCGGGCUCCAACUGUCUGUGUGUCUGUUCUUCCCCAACCCUGGUCUCCUGUCCAGAGUGGUGCUGGCACGUUCCAGAGAUGUACAUGCAGGUGGAGACACGCACCGGCUCCUGCCUCCAUCUCAAGAGGGCUCCGGGCAUCCGGUCCUGGUCCCUGCUGAUCGGAAUUUUGUCAAUUGGCCUGGCUGCUGCCUACUACAGUGCAGAUAGUCUGGGCUGGAAGCUCUUCUACGUCACAGGCUGCCUGUUCGUGGCCGUACAGAACUUGGAGGACUGGGAGGAAGCCAUCUUCAGCAAGAGCACCGGGAAGGUCGUUUUGAAGACGUUCAGCCUCUACAAGAAGCUGUUGACUCUCUUCCGAGCCGGCCACGACCAAGUGGUAGUCCUGCUGAAUGACAUCCGAGAUGUGAACGUGGAGGAGGAGAAGGUCCGGUACUUCGGGAAGGGCUACAUGGUGGUGCUCCGGUUUGCGACAGGCUUCUCCCACCCCCUCACCCAGAGCGCAGUCAUGGGCCACCGCAGUGAUGUGGAAGCCGUUGCCAAGCUCAUCGCCAGUUUCCUGGAGCUGCACCGUCUAGAAAGCCCCACAGAGCUGUCUCAGAGCAGUGACAGCGAGGCUGAAGACCCCAGGAGCCAGCACUGACAGAUGCCACCCACAGAGAAGCCCCUUGGCCUUGGCUCCUGACAGGGCCCCCGGCUGAGUCGCCCAUCCUGAGGCUCCAGGGCUGGAAUGUCUGCAUCUGGCCCAUUCCUGCUGCUGCUUCUAUCUUCUGUGUGAGACUGCGGGCUGGGCUUUCUCCCAGGCUAGGACAGGCCAGCGCCAUAUCCAGGGGAGGCACAGGCUGUGGGGCUCAGAAAUCAGCGCCUCCCUGGAACCUGAUGGCGGCUUGGCUUGGGCAUUGUGGCCCUGUCUGGACAGACCUGCCCCAGGUCUCCAAAAUGCAGAGGCCGCCUGAGCUUUCUCCAGUGCAGGGCUUGGACUUCCUGAAGCCAGGUUUGCCAGCCCUGGCAUCUCGUAGGAGUUCAGCUCACAACUUCCAUGUGCAGGAGGGGAGGGCCACUGCUGGGUCAGGUCCCUCUGUGGACACUGAUGCUGGCAUGCUGUCCCAGUGUCCCUUGCCCCAGACGCAGCAUCCCUUCCCUGAUUGGACUUCCUCAGUAGUCAGGGGCCUCCUCAAGGGCAGUCUUUGGGUGGUGAGGUGUGGGGGGCGCGGGGUGAACACCUAGGACCUGCCUGGCUCUGCGUGCUCCCAGGAUCCCGCCUCCCCCACACCAAUGUGCUGCCUGAUGGCUCAUCUUGGGUCCCAUGAGGACUGGCCCUGGGCUGUUGGCCACGAAAGGAUUCCUCCAAUGCCCACCCUCAGCCAGGGCAGAAGCCACUUGUUGAGAGAAGAGGUUAGCUCUUCUAGUAUUGUGCAGUGCUUAAAACCCAAAAGCUUAUGCAGAAACCACAUUCCAGCCUCUCCUGAACCCUGGGAGGACCUGGCAGGAGGGGGUUGAGGUCUCAGCUGCAGCCGCCGCCAUAGAGGCUGAACGCCAGCCCCCACUGACCUGCGCCUGCGUCUUCUCCUGAGUCCAGCCCCUUCCGAGGGGCAGUGCCCAUCAAGAGUGCCCAGUCUGGCCCCUAGGCCUCUGAGCUGAGGACUCCUGAGGCUGCACACCUGGGAAGGACCAGGUAGGACUGGAAAUGCUUGCAGUGUUGCCCAGAUGCAGGGGUCAAAGGCUCCUCGGCACCCUGGGUGCAGCAGGGUGAACAGCUUUGCCCCGGGUCAGGCCGGCCACGUUGGUGAGCAGGACAGGAGAGUAGUGAGACCCUCUUUGCAGUGGCUGCCAGCCAGCCCCUAGUUGGGGGACAGUCAUUUAUGCCAUAGGCUUUAAAUGGUUAAAUCUGAAAUGUCUUUCCUUCCUAAAAUGAAAAGUGUGAAAUGCAGUCAAGGUUUCUCGUUUGCCCCCCGCCCCCAGGCUGUAAGAUACUUUAGAUGCCCCCACCCCACCCCAAGGGCCAGGGUUCCUUCCUAGAUGGAGGGACUUGACAGCCUUGACUGAAACCAACUGUAAACCAGGGUCAUAAUAAAGAAU